CGGGAAAAGUUCGUGAAGUCGCUGUUGAAUAUCACCGUCCAGCUUCGAUCACCUAGUCGCAACGUCGGGAGCCACAACCCACGGAGCGAAGAUAGACAGCAUGACAGCUUCAAGCAGGGGUUCGAAAGCCGCUCAGGCUGUGCUAUCUACUUCUCCUAAUCUGUGCGCACGAUGCGCUUCCUCUUCUGCUGUAUCUAGAUACCCAGGACGGCUCUACUCAUCUCUCGCCGCCGCCGUAGCGAAAACCCCCACCGAUCCCUCUACUCCUGCACCCGCUCGCUCUCCGCCGCCCUACGACGUUCGCUCUGGUGUAAUUCUCACACGACCACCUCUAGUGACACGGAAACUCCAUCCUUUUGAGAAUGCUUUCUUCUUUUACCAGAAGCGUCUCGAAGAACGUCUCAACACCCCUUUUAUCACGAGUAUUUACUUCAAGCCUGAUACGGCUCGCCGUCUAGACUGGAACAUCAAGGUCCAGGAGCGCAAGGGCACAGUGGCCAAGGAGCUGGGUGUCUACAAUGGAAAGAGUUCCAAGGCGUGGGAUGACGAACUUAAGGUUGGCGAUGAGCUUAGCAACCAGGAGACUAUUGUCAAGGCCUUGCUCAAGGACGCUGAGGCGCGUGUCAGUGAUGAUGCUGAGGUUAUCGCUCCUGAGGAUGUUGUCCCCGUUGAACCUCCUGCGGAUCGUGUGACUGAGGCAGAUCACAAGGGUGAUGUUCAAAGACUGGAUCGUCAACUCGAUCGAACCCUGUAUCUUGUGGUCAAGGGUAAGGACGGUUGGGGUUUCCCCGCUGAUGUGAUUCCUAAGGAUGAAAAUCUUCAUGAGUCCGCCAAGCGAGUCCUCGACCAGGCCGCUGGUGUCAAUAUGAACACAUGGAUUGUCAGCCGCGUGCCAGUCGCCCAUGUCGUCUCACGACCCAAAAUCACUGCCGACGGCGUCGUCCAGAAGAAGGGUGAAAAGACAUUCUUCAUCAAGGGCAGGAUAAUGGCUGGUCAGGCUGAUCUUAAGGAUAACCCCUUUGGCUACACCGAGUUCAAGUGGCUGACUCGUGAGGAGCUGGAAAAGGAGUUGCCAAAGGACUACUGGAAGGGCGUACGAAACAUGAUGACUGAUCGGUAGCUAUAGAGGUUGGGUUAGAAUUGGCAGUGCCGUUGCUGCGUGUAUAAUUAUCAUGUAUACUUGCUGUACACAAGAAUCAAGACGUCAAAGCAUGUCACUUGGGUUUAAUCUGCACGUUUGCCCUCAGCUGAGAUGAUCUCGUAUCAAGCUAAAAGCACCAUAUCAAGUAGGUCAAA